GCGCGUCCCCGGGCCUCCGCGCGCGAGCGGCGCGCGCGCCCCCGUGGGCCCCGGCGGGAGGAGAGUCGGCGGCCGGAGCCGUCACCCCGGGCGGGCACCGAGCGCAGGCGACUACGCGCUGCGGCCCGGCCCAGGGAGGGAGCGAGCGGAAGGGCGAGCGAGAGAACGGGGCCGGAGCAGCCGCUGGCGCCCGAGGGGCUGAGAGAGGUUGUAAACCAUGGCCGUGUGGAUACAAGCCCAGCAGCUCCAAGGAGAAGCCCUUCAUCAGAUGCAGGCUUUGUAUGGCCAGCACUUCCCCAUUGAGGUGCGGCAUUAUUUAUCCCAGUGGAUUGAAAGCCAAGCUUGGGACUCAAUAGAUCUUGAUAAUCCACAGGAGAACAUUAAGGCCACUCAGCUCCUGGAGGGCCUGGUGCAGGAGCUGCAGAAGAAGGCAGAGCACCAGGUGGGGGAAGACGGGUUUUUACUGAAGAUCAAGCUGGGGCACUACGCCACGCAGCUCCAGAGUACAUAUGACCGCUGCCCCAUGGAGCUGGUCCGCUGCAUCCGGCACAUUCUGUACAAUGAACAGAGGCUGGUCCGAGAAGCCAACAAUGGCAGCUCUCCGGCUGGAAGUCUUGCUGACGCCAUGUCCCAGAAGCACCUUCAGAUCAACCAGACAUUUGAGGAGCUGCGACUGGUCACGCAGGACACAGAGAACGAGCUGAAGAAGCUGCAGCAGACUCAGGAGUACUUCAUCAUCCAGUACCAGGAGAGCCUCAGGAUCCAGGCUCAGUUUGCCCAGCUGUCCCAGCUCAGCCCCCAGGAGCGUCUGAGCCGGGAGACGGCCCUGCAGCAGAAGCAGGUGUCCCUGGAGGCCUGGCUGCAGCGUGAGGCCCAGACGCUACAGCAGUACCGCGUGGAGCUGGCCGAGAAGCACCAGAAGACCCUGCAGCUGCUGCGGAAGCAGCAGACCAUCAUUCUGGACGACGAGCUGAUCCAGUGGAAGCGGCGGCAGCAGCUGGCUGGGAAUGGCGGGCCUCCCGAGGGCAGCCUGGACGUGCUGCAGUCCUGGUGUGAGAAGUUGGCCGAGAUCAUCUGGCAGAACCGGCAGCAGAUCCGCAGGGCUGAGCACCUCUGCCAGCAGCUGCCCAUCCCCGGGCCAGUGGAGGAGAUGCUGGCCGAAGUCAAUGCCACCAUCACAGACAUCAUCUCAGCCCUGGUGACCAGCACAUUCAUCAUCGAGAAGCAGCCCCCUCAGGUCCUGAAGACCCAGACCAAGUUUGCAGCCACCGUGCGCCUGCUGGUGGGCGGGAAACUGAAUGUGCACAUGAACCCCCCCCAGGUGAAGGCGACCAUCAUCAGCGAGCAGCAGGCCAAGUCCCUGCUCAAGAACGAGAACACCCGCAAUGAUUACAGCGGUGAGAUCUUGAACAACUGCUGUGUCAUGGAGUAUCACCAAGCCAUGGGCACCCUCAGCGCCCACUUCAGAAAUAUGUCCCUGAAACGAAUUAAGAGGUCUGACCGUCGUGGGGCAGAGUCAGUAACAGAAGAAAAAUUUACAAUUCUGUUUGAAUCACAGUUCAGUGUUGGUGGAAAUGAACUGGUUUUUCAAGUCAAGACCCUCUCCCUCCCAGUGGUGGUGAUCGUUCACGGCAGCCAGGACAACAAUGCAACAGCCACCGUUCUCUGGGACAAUGCUUUUGCAGAGCCUGGCAGGGUGCCAUUUGCCGUGCCUGACAAAGUGCUGUGGCCGCAGCUGUGUGAGGCGCUCAACAUGAAAUUCAAGGCCGAAGUACAGAGCAACCGGGGCCUGACCAAGGAGAACCUCGUGUUCCUGGCACAGAAACUGUUCAACAGCAGCCACAGCCACCUCGAGGAUUACAACAACAUGUCUGUGUCCUGGUCCCAGUUCAACAGGGAGAAUUUACCAGGACGGAAUUAUACUUUCUGGCAGUGGUUUGAUGGUGUGAUGGAAGUGUUAAAAAAACAUCUCAAGCCUCAUUGGAAUGAUGGGGCCAUUCUGGGUUUCGUGAACAAGCAACAGGCCCACGACCUGCUCAUUAACAAGCCGGAUGGGACCUUUCUGCUGAGAUUCAGUGAUUCAGAAAUUGGUGGCAUCACCAUUGCAUGGAAGUUCGAUUCUCAGGAGAGAAUGUUUUGGAAUCUGAUGCCUUUCACCACCAGAGACUUCUCUAUCCGGUCCCUAGCCGACCGCUUGGGGGACUUGAAUUACCUUAUCUACGUGUUUCCUGAUCGGCCAAAAGAUGAAGUAUACUCCAAAUACUAUACACCAGUUCCCUGCGAGCCUUCUACUGCUAAAGCAGUGGAUGGAUACGUGAAGCCACAGAUCAAGCAAGUGGUCCCUGAGUUUGUGAACGCAUCUGCGGAUGCUGGGGCCAACGCCACGUACAUGGACCAGGCGCCCUCCCCAGCCGUGUGCCCCCAGGCUCACUAUAACAUGUACCCACAGAACCCUGACUCAGUCCUGGAGACCGAGGGGGACUUCGAUCUGGAAGACACAAUGGACGUGGCACGGCGUGUGGAGGAACUCCUAGGCCGACCAAUGGACAGUCAGUGGAUCCCUCACGCACAGUCGUGACCCCUUGAUCUCUCUCCAUCUUCAGCUUCUUCGUCCUCGCUGAGGAAUCACUCUUGUGGAUGUUCUAAUUCCAUGAAUCGCUUCUCUUUGGAAAAAAUACUCAUAAUGUGAAGUGUUAAUACAUUGUGACUUUAGUGUUUCUGUGCAUGGUGGCACCAGUGAAGGGACUGUGAGUGUAUGCGUGUGUGCGUGUGUGUGUGUGUGUGUGUGUUUGCACAUUGUGGUGUUCUUGCUCUUGCUGUCCAGAGUUUAGUAGGGGCCACUAACUGAGGCUCUGCUUAUUUUUACCUUGUGCAAAAAGGCAGUUGGUUCCAUGAACCCUGGAACUUGGCCAUGUGUCUUAGAGGUGACUGAACUUGGACAUGUGACUGUUCCAUUAAGAGAAGGAAAAAGGGAGAAGAAUGCCCCCCUCCCUGGUGAGUCUUUGUCACCCUGUCUGCCAACCAAGUGAUGCAUAACAGUGACAGAUUUUCUAUGCUUUUCUCCUGAAAUGUAGUUAACUACCUUUUGACAGAGAAAGCCAGUUCUCCCUCUGCCCCUGCGUCCCACCCCUGUGCUCUUGGAUAAGGAGGGGAACAGGGCAGGUUACAAAGAUUGCUGGGGUGAGGGAAGUGACAGGUUUUCAGAUGGGUGGUGGCUUUUUACAUAUCACUUAACCCGUAUUAACAUUCUCUCUUUGUCCUUCUUUCCCCUCCUAUCCCCUGCCCUGUGGAAUUACCACUCAGUUCCUCUGUGUGUGCACAUGUGCAGACGUGUUUGGUGAAAUAGAGGAAAGAAAAGAAGGUCACAUAACUGAGAACUUACAGUAUUGGUGUCCUUUGUAUUGUGGCCAAAGAGGUGCCUAGCCCUGACUCACAGAUGCUAAGAACGUUGCCUUGUUAUCCAGGGGAGCUGCCCAUCCUUCCUCUGAGCCACAGGCACGAUCUGGGGCUUUCUUAAGGCUUAUUGAUAAUGGCUUUUUGCAAAUGUUGAAUGGUGUUUUUGUUUCUAAAUUAGAUCUUUUUUGUUUUCCCAUUUCCACCCUAAUUUGGCAUCAAAAUUCUCUCUUUCUGCAUCCAUGCCGAGCCAUUUACAUCAGAGUCACUUCAUUUCCCUUAAUUGUCCACAUAUAAUGUCCUGAGGAGCAGGUGGCAGGAAUGUGGUCUGAACAGGGGCCAGCUUGUCCAACAGGAGCUCACCCUGCUGGGGGCUGCUGGGCAUUAGGCCUGGGUAACAUGGGGAAAUGCUGUCAGCAGGUUUGCCGGGAAAUUUGGUGAACUAUAAAAACAAAAUGAAAAAGCCUCAGCGUAAUUUUGUUCUACAGUUUCUUCUGUAGCUUUAUGCCAGAUGGAAGGAAUGGGCUGUCUCAGGUGGGCGGGGCUGGUGAGCAGGCGUAGCUUGUAGGGAAGGCCUACAAGGUCACUCCUGGUCCCCCUCUCCAAAAGAAGGUCAUGACCACACCCAGAAGAAGAUGGUCCUAAAAACCUUAUUUUUAUACAUGUGAGUAAAUAAACAUAUUUUUUUUACAAAGGUAACCUCUGAAUUUAUCAGUGUUUUGCUGUUAAAGGAAAAUAUUCCUCUGUAGUAAAUUAUUUAUUGGAAGAUGACUUUUUAAAAGCUGCUGUUUGCCUUGGCUUGGUUUCAUACACUUGAUUUAUUUUUCUAUGCCAGGCAGUAGAAUCUGUCUGCCUCUGAGAAGCAGGCUGACCCUUCCAUGGAUACCAGCAUUGAUGGAGGAGGCUGCUAAGCCCCCUCCCAACCCCUCAAGAUUUGAUGACAAUUCCAACUACAAGUAUGGGCACAGGGAAGGGUGUAAUGGAAAACCUGACUACUUGGGGACCCAGGCUCAAAGAGCCCUCCCUGCUGGUCACUCAGAGAUACUUCACCAGCACCUGCCUCUGGGAUCACCCUUUUUGUUCCACCAACCCUGGGCAGGGGAGGGGUUGACCGAAAUCUCAGGCUAGGAGUGGACUCAACCCAGGGCCUGCUGAGGGCUGAGCAGUCUACCUGACCCUGGCUGCUCUGAGCUCAUUUUGCAGUUGUCAUUGCAUUGAGAAAGAAGAGGGCUGAAGAGCGUGGCAUCCCUGAGUGUGACUGAGCUGUCCCCAGUUCUACUGAGACUGGCAAGAGAUGGGGAGAUUUUCAACUGAAUGGUGCGCUCACUCUCUGCAUUCUAUUUUCUCUCUUCUCCCUGUUCCUGCAAACCACAAGAAGAGGCAAUGGCUAGUCUAGACCCCCUCAGCCUCUCACCCACUCCCAGACACACAAACAUGCACACGCGCGCACAUGUGCAUCCUCAAAAGUUUCAGCUCAGUGGUAUGUGCAGUUUUGUAUGGGGUGGGGGGAGACUAAAAGCAAAUAUAACUUAAAAUGAAAGUAUACUUUUUAUAAUUUUUCUUUUUAAAACUUUGUGAAAUUAAUUCAGAUACAUAUUUUAGUGUCAAGACAGAUUAGUUACAUAGCCACCAAAAAAGUAUUGUGUACAAUUUGGGGCAGUCACAAAAUGGUGUAUUUUAUGUUACAAUAAAGGCUUCCUCUGAAG